AUGUCAGCAUUCAACAGCAUCCCCGUCCUGGACCUGUCCCUAGCACGGGAUCCGAACACUAAACCCGCCUUUUUGAUUGAGUUGAGGCGAGUCCUUCUCGAAGUUGGCUUUUUGUACCUGAAAAAUGUAGGAAUCGAGGAUGCGAUGUUUGAGAAGGUCAAAAGCGAGGGGAAGGCGUUUUUUGAUUUGCCAAAGGAGGAGAAACUCAAAAUUGAGAUGAAGAACGCCCCUUCCUUUCUGGGCUAUUCGAAGCUGGGUAACGAAGUGACGGCGGACGCAAUCGAUCACCGUGAACAGAUCGACCUCUCUACUACUCAUCCACUCAAAAGGCCCGAUCAGCCAUUAUACAUGAAUAUUCUAGGCCCUAACCAAUGGCCCUCUUCAACCUUUCUUCCUACAUUCCGGCAAACGUUCGAAGAUUAUAUGAAGCGCUUGGGUGAGAUAUCCAUAUUCUUCACCUCCUUGAUCGCCGAGGCCAUUGGAUUACCGGCCGGAGCAUUCUCUGCGUACUUCGACAAAGAUCAGCAACACAAGCUGAAAAUUAUCAAGUACCCCGAUCUGCAGGAGCUCGGACUUGAAGGUGAAGGACAGGGCGUGGGACCGCACAAGGAUUACAUGUUCUCUACCUUUCUGCUACAAGCCAGUGAGCACAGAGGAUUACAGGUACAGAACAGAGAAGGAGAGUGGAUCGACUGUCCACCCAUCAAUGGCACGUUGGUGGUCAAUAUUGGCCAGGGUCUGGAAGCCGUCACUCAAGGCGUAUGCGUGAGCACAAUCCAUCGCGCGCUCAGCCCAACGCCAGGAACGGGCCCACGCUUUUCAAUUCCGUUCUUCCAAGGGGUGUCCCUAAACGCUGAAUUCAAAGACAUGGCUGUCCCAGAGAGCGUGCUGGAGCUGCGGAAAGAGAUCGCUCGGACUAGUGGUAAGAGAGGUGAUGAUGUCGUAUUUGAUCUCAAGAAGGGCAAGUAUAGACACUUAGGAGAAGCAAUACUGAUGAAUAGAAUCAAGAGUCAUCCUGAUGUUGGAGAGAGAUGGUAUCCGGAGCUUCUAAAAGAGAUCAAAGAGUAG